GGUAACACCUGAUCUGCCCCCCUGACCGACUGACGAAUGCAUGAAUCCCGUACCCGAUCGCCCUUCCAGAGUCCUACUUCAGUCGUUAGUUGCACUCGAGCUUCAGGUGCUGCUCCUCUCACGAAUCCCAGCGCAAAGGAAAUGGGAUUCCACGUCUUCGCUCUCUGUAUUCUCUCUCUAUGGUUUCGACCUCUCCACCCCAUCAAAGGAUCUGCUGAAACAAUCAGACGGACCACCGCAUUUCUCAUCUCCGUCCCCAUCUUAUCCUCAACCGUCCUCGCUCUCUCCGAUCACCAAUCCUUCUGCAGAGAUCCAACGGACAACGUUAUCUGCCAACUGGAGGAGAUGAAGCAGAAGGUCUCACGAUUAGAGUCCAUCCUGGAGGUAAAUAUGAAAAGCUUAAAUGCUAAAGAUGUGUAUCUUGAAGAAAAGGAGAAGCUAAUUGAGGAGAUGACACAUAAAAUCCACUUUCUGCAAAAUGCCAUGGUUGAUAUUAAGAAAUCGCUCGGUGACUCCUCAUAUUAUGAAGAAAGGGUUCGUCUGCUAGAAGAUGAGGUGCGUCUUCUUUGGGCUGAAUCAAGAAAGAACAACUUCAAUAUUCAUGUUUUAGACGCUAAUGCACGUGAUGCUGAGGAGAAAUUAGAGGAAUUAACUUCUCAAGUUGAAAAGAUGGGGAGUAUUGUUACAGAACAGUGGAUUCAGAUUCAGCAACUGGAGCAAGCACUUCAAAUAACAGAAAUUAGAAAAACAGAGUCUACCAGAUGUAUAUUCCUGAAGGCUUUGCAUUACUUGAAACGAAUCAUGUCAGCAGCGCAAAAAAGCCAUCAUCAGCUACAAGGUACAGUCAAACAGGUGAUGGAAAGGAACGAAUUUACUGCAGCUUUUGUCAACAAGGAGGUGGUAUUUUUCAUGGCAUCAGCUCUAAUUACCUUCCCAGCAAUGGGCGCUUGGAUUUUUUACUCAUCAUACUUGAGCUAGUUGUUUGGAAGACCUCAUAUACCUGAUUCGCUUCAAAAAAGACUGCAUAUACUUGAUGGGAAAAGGAAGCUAGGAAAAGACUAUAAUGGGAUUGUUUUUGGCUUAUAACUUGAAAAAGGUAUAACUCAUCUUUGUUAUUGUGUACAUAUACCCAUUACGAGCAUUUAUCUUCUAUUUGCUGCGUUAUGUUUGUA